UGUAUUGCCUUGGGUAGUCGAAAACAAGACAAGCAGCCAUCAUGGCGAAUCCACGAAAGUUUAGCGAGAAAAUUGCAUUACACAAUCAAAAACAAGCCGAAGAAACCGCUGCCUUCAACCAGAUUAUGCGAGAAGUCUCAGAUGCAACCAGUAAAGUGAACGCCUUGCCCAAGCAGCACCUGCUCAUUAACCAGUCGCUCGGUUCGUACCGAGGCGGCUCCUUGCCCAAUGUCAACAACAUUGGCAGCAGCGCGGUAGAUCUGAAGAGCGCCCUGGACCUCCCGGAGGAGGCGAGCUGUGGGCGCCCGGACGCGCCCGCGGGGUACCGGGAGCGGGGCCGCAGCGUGGGCGUGGGCCCGGUGCGGUCGCGGGCCGCAGACAAGCGCGUGGACACCUCCCCCUACAGCAGCGGGGCCUACCUGUCGCCGCCGCCCGACACCAGCUGGCGCCGCACCAACUCCGACUCGGCGCUGCACCAGAGCGCCCUCGACCCGUCGCAGCGCCGCGUGACGGACGGACAGCUGCUGGGGAUGGCCGCGGAGCCCCCGGACGCCCGCAAGCCCCUGGCGAGCGCCCCCGACGGCCGGCCGCGGUCCUGCUGCGAUGCCCGCGUGCCCGGCAUCAACAUCUUCCCGUCGCAGCAGGAGCCGGGCACCGUGCAGAUCCCCAUCGGCAACAACACGGGCUCGCUGCCCGACCUCACCAGCUUCCAGUUCUCGUCGCCUCUCAACACCCCCCUGGACCAGGACAGCAGCUCGCCCUACAGCUCGAGUCCGCAAGGGGCCAGCCCCGCCACGCUGUCCCCCACCAGCCUGUCGUCGCGGCCCCUCGGCAGGUUCUCGUUCAGCAGCUCGUCGCCCCCGCAGGAGGGGGGCCCCUCCCCGGGGCACUCGCCCGGCGCGCGGCGGCGCCACUACGCCCACUGGCACGUGCCGCAGUCCCCCACGCAGCUGCCGAACCACCUGCCAGUGCCAUCGCUAAUGAACUCUAGGUUCCUUCACACGUGUAAGGGGAUGGCCAUGGACAAGACGGGCAGCAUUCAGCUGGACAGCGCCCAGCAGAACCACUACCUGUACCAGCCGCCCGACCCCCAGCAGCAGCAGCUCCAGCAGCAGCUGCAGCAGCAGCAGCAGCAGGUGCAGCAGCUGCAGCAGCAGGUGCAGCAGCAGCUGCAGCAGCAGCAGCAGCAGCAGCAGCAGCAGCAGCAGUGCAGCCCCACGCUCAUGUCCAGCCCGCAGACCAUCCCGGCCGUCAACACGCAUCAUGUGAACUCCCUGAGCUCGUAUCGUAACCCGCACCACCCCAUUAGUCGGCCCAGCCCCCAGACGUCUCCCGGCCUCAUCGUGCAGGGAGCGCUGUAUCGCAGCGGCAGCCCCGGAGACACGAGCCACAGCGGGCCGCAGUCCCCCGUCUCGCCGGCCAGCUCCCCGGGCAUCGGCUCCAACUCCAACCCCUUCGUGGACCACAACAGCUACUUCCUGAACCAGGCGCAGGCCAACAUGCUGCAGCAGCACUUCGAGCAGUUCAGCAUGCUGGACCACCCCGUGUCGACCACCAUCGACUACAUAGACUCUCCCAGCAACACCUCGCACUACUCCCAGGCGGUGAGCGGGGGCAGCCCCGAGGAGUGCCUGAAGCAGGAGCUGGGGGCAGACCCCGGCUACUUCAGCCAGCCACCGUCGCAGCUGACGUACGCGCGCCCCAGCUCCACGCAGCCCCAGACGCCCAACACUCCCUCCAGCAUUCCGGACAUCAUCCUCACAGACUUCUCGUCCGGCACGGCGGACGAGCUGUCGAGACAGGAGUUCGUGAAGGACCUGAACUCGGCCAUGUCGGGCUCCUUCGACUCGGACCUGUUUCCGUCGGACGACACGCUGAGGGAGGGCCUGGACCCCAUCGACUUCGACGGCCUGCAGAUGCUGACCGACCCCGACAUAACCGUGAUCACGGACCCCGCGGCGGAGGACAGUUUCCGCCUGGACAGGUUGUAGUGCCUGCGACGCGACAUGCGUGCGUGCCAUUCUCGACACCUCAUGUUCAGCUUAACGUUUUUCAAAUCUUAGCUUGGAGUAGUCGUCGAGUUUUCAUCCACUUUUUGAUAUUAACAUUCCUCAACCGUUAGCCACCACGUUUCUUCUUUAGCAAGAAUUUUGAGACAGCACAUCUGUUUGUGUACUUUUAAAGUUUACCUGUCUGUAUGCCAAAUGUUUCCUCGGGGCAACUGGGUUUUCACGUGUUCUCGCGACGUGGGGUCAAGUGUGCCGUGUGACUCCGGGCGUCUGGUGAGAACGAGUGCAAGUUACAUUUCUCAAAGCUGGUUAUGUGAUUUUUAAUGGUAUGAAUGGUGAGUUUAUGGAUUUUUCAUGGCGGUGUGAAAAUGAAGUGAAAUCAAAGCAAGUUGCCAAAAUGUACCUAAAAGUGCAAUGCUGAUGUGUUAAGUGUUGUUACAGCCUUAGUUGGUCGGUCAUGUGACGAGUGUUGCCUGAAGCUAAUUUUAUGUUGGAAUAGUAUUUUGUUACAUGUUGAGAAUGAAGUACAAUUUUUCUUUAUUUUUUAAAUUUUGUAGCCAAUUUUUAAAUUUUGUAUAUUUUUCUACUGAAAUGUGUUUUAGAAGUAAUUUGAUGUGAUGUUAGCUAACAUAUUUUUAGUUCCCAAAAUGCUUAGUCAAUUACGAUAAAUAAAUAACUUUUUUUUUAUUUUUACCUUGCCAAUGCCGCUGGUAAUGAUUUUCUUGAUUUCUUGCUGUCUAGUCUUCGCACCCGUCACCAAACCAUCUAGUUGCACUCUGCCGUCACCGGGGACCGCGUCAAUCACUCUUCUUGACGGUAGUGUAGCUCCGUCUGUUCUGACUGGACUUCAUUUUUGAGCCGGGAUUCAGAUGUUCAUUUCAGUUCAUUGCUUUCUGUACCGUAGUCCUAUGUUUUCAUGUGUAAGUUUUUAAUUGUCAUUGUUUGUAUGACAUGGAAACUUCUGAGCACAUUUAAAAUAAAGUUGAAGAAUGAACUAAUAUUAUGACACGAUGAUGGAAUCAUCUUAAAACCUUGUAAAAAAAUAAGAAUCGACCAAUUACUUAUAUGCGGGUGUUCAAAGCAGGGUUGCAUCUCUUUUUUGCCUCGGCUAUCUUUUCAGUUUUCAGCCUUAAAACUUUUUAUUUAAAUUAUAAGAGAACCACAUGAACAUUUGGACGAGUACCGUAUUCACUCGAAUAAGCCGCACCCAUGAUGUGUAUUUAGACCAUUUCCAAAAAUAUUUUUUUUUAUAAUAAGCUUUGCACCAAAUUUUUAAAAACAGAACUUGGGUCCUUAUUUCAAGUUUCUCAAGUUUCUAGUAAAUAUUUUUUUCUGGUUUUACUUAAUCAUACCAAAUAAUAAGUCUUUUAAGGUUUAUUGUAAAAAUAAUAGCAUUCUCGUACCAUUUUUGAUGUAUGCAAGUUACUUUGUUUCAGCACGCUUUAUUUGUGCCAUAAGAGUCUUGUUAAAUAUAUAUUGGUGCAGAGAUAUCAGGCAUUAAAUAUUUUAUUUAUGGCGUAACUGUUAAAUAACAUGUUUGCCCGUAAUGCAAGGGAAAAAGUGAAGAAUGUAAAAUGGCUACUGACUGUAAUGAUUUAGUUUACUGCAGUAAAGUGCCAUUCAUAUCUUGGCCACAAAGUACCAACUCCAAUGCUAUGUACAAAGAUUAUAAACAAAAUAAAUCGGUAAAUUGCUGAAUUACAUGCAACAAAUUCUCACCCUGCAAAUAAAAUUUUUAUUGCAAUAACACCAUAACAAUUUUUUUUUUACUCCAGUGCUUCACGUGGCAUGAUUUCCAUUUCCUCAUCAUUUUUAUCAUUUUAGGUUUUUUCAGUAAUCGCAGAUGAUGGCAAUCACAAACAUUUGGUAAUCAUUGGAAAGUCAUUCACACAAAAAUACGCACUUUCAAACCUUGUGCAAGAUGUCCAUCAUUCAUUCAGCAACCUUGGAGCUUGAAGGAACUUGUGCUAUGCAGUGCUGCCAAGUUUGGAAUAAGCUGUCCACCGUGCUUUUUCAACACACAUUUUACGAAAAAUGGUGUGCGGAUUAUUCGGGUAAAUAAGUUAUGUUGUUUGGGGGAGUUUGGUUGUGAAACCGUGGUUUCUUCCUGCCGAUGGUGGUUGUCGUCUAGACGGCAAGAGGCAGUCUGGUGAGAUCUCAGGACCGGGUGCUGGUUUCAGUGAUGCUGUCUGUGUUGCCAACAGUCAAAAGGUGUAUUCCGUUUAAGUUCAGUAGGGGCUGGGAUAAGUAGUUGCUUCUGGCUUGGUUAGUGUAUCAUUUUUAUAGAUGACUUCAUUUAUUCUGAUUUGCAACAUAAGUGCAUUCAGAAAAAUUUACAGUGAAAUAUUUUUCAUUUGUGGUUACUUGCUGGAAUGUCUGUGCCAAACCAUCGGCAACAAUACAAUAUGUAUUCGGUUCUUUAGGCCCGGUUUUGUAAGACAUGUUGCUUAUUUCAGUUUUAUGAAAUUCUCUCUACAUUUUAUGCAAAAAUGAUAAAACGGCUUACAAGUGUUCAUUAUAAUUAGGAAUAUUAAAAUUUUCUAAUAUAAAUACAAAUUUUUUUAUUAUUUAAUUCGUUUUUGAAUACUAACACUUCGAAAUAAUGAAUUCUCGUGUGUUUAUCAUUUAUCAAUGUUUGCUGUUGAGGUUAAGUCAUUUGUGUGAUAUAAACACCCAUUUAAGAUGUUUCAACAGGAAUUUUUUAUCAAAAAAACAUUAACAGUAGUUGGUGUUUUAACAGGCAAAAAGUAUUCAAAGUUUUUUCAUACUAACUAGUAAAACAGCAGUGGAACAAAUUGUGUGACAGUUAAAAACAUGGACUAUUUGGGGUAUUUCAAACUUGAAAACAGUUUGUUUUUGUUUCAUCACUCGUACUUAUAGUGGGGAAAAAAUAAAUAAUAAAAGUCAAAAACCAUGGACCACAACACAAAACACUGACACUCCUUUGCAAUGGCCAUUAAAAAAGAAGUUAAUACAAUAGUUGCAACGGCGUAUAAAUUGAUAGUCACAAUUGAUCUACCACCAUGCACCACGAUGGAAGCUUACUUGCCGUACGUAUUUGUGACGAAACAGACGUUGUGGCUCAAAUAUUAAAUAAGCAAAACUAAAUAAUGUUUCAGAAUUUCAAAGAAAAUUAGUAGAAAGUUUGUAAUAUUGCUAAACUAAAAUGCAGUUUACUUGGCUACCGUUAACAACAAAGUGAGUAAAUAAAAUAUAAAAAUAUGAGCUCAUUUAUGUAUUCAUUAUUUUGCAAAUAUAUUAUUAAAAAAAAAAAUAAUUUUUUUUGUAGAAUUGAUUGAAUUUUGUGGUUCGCAAAAUUUUUCUGGAUCAGUAUUUUGAGUAGUUUUCUGUGGGAAUUAAGACAAAUAAAAACUGAGGUGAAAGGUCGGUUAUGUUAGGUUAGGUGUAUAAAAACACAUUUUUUUUUCAAAAGUUAAAUAUUUUAACAAAAAUGAAAAAUGUUAUCUUUAAUUUACGUAGCUGACUUAAUGGAAUAACCUUUCACUAGAGUAUUAAUUGUCUAAUCCCCCAGAAGAUAUCUUUUUCUUUCUCUACAUAUGUGUGACAUGAUGCCAAAAUUUUUUUGUGCGAUUCCAAUUCUCUAUAUUUUAAUUCAAUAUUUGUAUUUGCGAAUAAUUUUGUAUUUGUAUUUGAUUUGAACUAAGAGAAAUAUUUGCACAGGCCUAGUUAUAAUGAUCAAUAACGUGAUAUUUUACAGCUCGCAAAUGACAUUUAGUAGAUAACUGGUUUCAAAAUUUGGAUCAAAACAUAACUUGCAAGAGCGCUAUCAAAAUAUAUUUACAGGAAUAUUAUUCCUGUAGAUAAAUAUAAAUAAUAGUUAUGACAAGAAAAUUGAAAUAACCAUUAUUUUGUGUGAGACGGGGCUUUAAAAAUUAGGUUCUCUAAUUGGGAUUGGUUAAUCAGUGUGGUUAAUUUCAGCCAGGGGUUUAGUAGUAGAUGUUUGGGGAUACUAAAAAAAAAAAAAAUUGGCAAUUUACCGUUCAUUUCAAUUGUUGAUUGUCUGGUUUCUGAUUUGUGGGUAAAAACUGAGCUUUAAGUUAUGCAUUAAGCUUAAAGAUCUCUUGACUAGCUUGCUUCUACCUUGGUCAAGCUUUGUUGGUGCUAUUUAGCCAUUUUAGCAGAGAAAGUUACUUUUAUAGUGACCGUGGCAACUGUACAUGCACUCAAGAAAACCCCAAAAUUUUAUUCCAGUACACAUCAAGUUAGCCAAUUAAUAUGAGAAUUGACAUUUUCAUAACCUUUGUCCAAUACAUGUUAUUUUCAUUGUAAAAUUAUUUUGUUUGCAUCUAUAGAGUCAAAUGCUGAUGGAUUGGAACCUGGACAUGAUAUUUUGACGUGAUCUAAUGUGACUUUUUGCACUUAUGUUUGGGUACACAGUUCUGGCAGUCUUAAACUAACUGGCUAGUUGUUCACAUGGAGGCAUUGAAGUUAUUUACAUGUAUUUAUUUAUUUCAAGGAAAAAACAUAUAGAAUAUUAAUAUCAAACAUUUUUUAUUUGAUUGAAAUAUCUAAUUUUGCAAUAAUAGAUUACAAUUUAAAAAAAAAUUACAUGUUAAAUUUGGGAGAAAGAGAUGCUAGUUUGUCCAGCUCCAAACAAUAAACACCUCAAAAAAUUUAUAAUUGAUAAAAAAAAAUCUUUAAUAUUCCAUCAUAGUAAUUUUUAUAAUUUUGCUUUGUUUGAAAAAAAAAAUAAAUUAGAUAUUUUGAUUUUUUUUUUUUAAAUUUAAGUUGUGCUGUUGGUCACUUGAGGUUUGGAUAGUUGAUGUUCUCUGUGGAUCUCAUUCAACUAGUUUUACGAGUAAUCAGAUGUUUAUAAAUGUUGCAUAUUCGGAAUGCUUUAAGGAUCCCUUGUCUGUAGUUGUUGGUUCUCGCUGGUUCUCGCUGGUUCUCGCGGGAGGGGAGUGGUCACUCCUAGCAGCACUCGGCAACCGAUGCUCGUAGUCAGCGUCACGCAAAUAACGCGCACAAUCUCCUACGUACGAGUGCUCAGUGACGUGUGCCUGGUUGUGAGCGAGUGAGUUGGUACACCACUGAUUUUGUAACUCGAAAGAAGCACACUUUGUUACUUGUUAAGUCUCUGGAAAUUUUUUUUUAUACUGCAGUAUUAGUUGACGAGCGAGAGUUUCAUCAGUGUGGACUUUAUCAGAGUUUGUAACCCGUAGCUUCCAGGAGGGGUUCAGAGCCAGCGCCUUGUCUCGGUGGAGCUGUGACGAGUGGCCAGAACAUGGCGGCGACCGGUGUUCACGGUCGGGUCUCGUGACAUCCCCGUUCAUGUUCAAAAAUCAACGUUGCCUCCUUGCUGACCGAAGGACGGCAGCACUGCUUUGCAUAAUUUUUUUUUUCCGCAGUCUGUACUUAAUAUAUUUAUUUAUGGAAUACAUAGCUGGCCAUCCUUCGAGAACGAUGUAUUCGACUGGAACCGACUGCUUCGCAACGCCCGGUACGAAGCGUGCGGCUGUGUUUUGGCCACUGGUACUUGCGAGAUAGUUGGUGUGUGUGUUGAGUGUGCAACAAGAAGUGUGAUCUCGCAUCACUCUGGUGUUAGCUUCAUGUAAAUAGUGUAAGUAGACUCGGAGGAAUCUAUAAAUGUUUAUCUUGUGUUACACUUUAUCUCAAAAAAAAAAAGUUUUUAACUCUGACUGUAUUCAAAUGAAAUGUAGAUUGUCUUUUGCAUGUAUUUUUUAACUUCUGAGAAACCAAAGAUUUGUGAACUUAAUGUUUUUUUUAUUUUUUUUGUACAUCAGCACUGCAUUUGGUCGUGUGGUGUAUUUUUGAUAGUAAUGUAUGCUUAUACAACCUCUAUAAAUGUUUACUUACUUGUUUGUGCAAUAUUCUAGUGUUUAUCAUAAUGUUACUGGUCUGGUACAGAGUCUAAUAUUUGCACAUAAAAAGUAUAACUUGUAUGCUUAUUCCGUUGUUCCGUUGAAAUCAAACUCUCGAUAAGCAGUCUUUGCUGUUAACCCCCAAGAGUUUCGGAGGUUGCAUUGGUGGGCGGUUUUGUGCCGGUGAAAAGUAAGGAAAAACUUUUUUUAACGAAGGGAGAUUUGCCUGUUAACUUCUUGAAGGCUACUUUUUGCCUGGUAGUUCUAAUUUUUUUUGUAUUCUUAUUUAUUAUUCCACGCAUCUUAAAGGCGAGCAGUCUUUGACUAGUGCCAUUCUGGACGGUGUAUUUUUAACGGUUGUGUGUGUUAGACAUGUUAAAAUACACACUCCUUGGAAACACGUGAAGUGCAAGUUGCCGGUCGUUGUGCCGUGACACGUUGAAGGUGUUGCAUGUUGUUGAGCCUAGGGUCGGUCCAAUACUCGCGUACGUACCUGACAUGAUGGCGUAAGGGCCCCCAAUAGUUCCAUUGGUUUGCCUCGUUCACUUGUGUGAGUUGCACCAGUGUUUACCUUGUGCAUCAUACAACACUCAUCAAAACAAUAUCAAUGAAAUAUUAACAUGUUCUACAAUGAAAUUGGUCAAAUAUAAAAUCGUACGAUCUUGGUUCUCGUAAUUUGAUGAAAACAAAAAAGCCACUUUAUCUUGUAUUUUUUCUUUAGUGGCCAUUUUUUACCUCGUUGAGUGUAUUCAGUUACCGUUCUCUGCGUUGUUUUUGUGACUGGCGUGAUGUUGCCUUGUGGCCAAGUUAAAUGUAUCCAAAAUACUUCAGAAAACAAGUAAAACCCUGUUAAUACAAUUUAUUUGCAAUAACUGUAUAUAAACCUGUAACUUAAUGUUUGCUGAUGUAUUGAACUACCAAUUUUAAAAGUAAAAAGACAAUUAUGAAGACACAAAUUAUAUACUUUUUUUUUAAAAUAUAAAGCCAGAAGAGUGAGUUUUAUUUAUAAGUUUUUGUGCACAUUAAUGUUUAGUUCUCAAACAUUUUAAUGGUCUUACAACCUUGUUGGUUUCUUAGUUUUGUUGUCCUUGCUAUUAUUUAAGGGCUUCGCCUGUAAAUAAGGUAAUUGUUACAUAUUUGGUAUGUUUCGUCUCAAAUUUUCUCAGCAGAUAUUGAAUAAAUGUAAAAAGUCACGGAAGUGUUCUAAUUAUGUUUGCCGGCAUGACCCCUUACUACAAAAAUAAGGUUUAGAAAAUAUUUGGCAACAUUUUAGGGAUGAAAUGUGUACAAAAAACAAGAGAGCUGUCGUAAUAAAUUUACAGGACUAGUCUUGGACAGUAAUAAUGUCAGGGAAAUUAAAAACCAUCUUGGUAUGUGAGGCUAAGCCUUAAAAGUUUUAAAUUAGUUGCAUGAGAAAAGUUAAUCCUGUAAUAAUAGAUGCAAAAAUUUUCCGGUCCCUGGUAAUAAUUUUAAAUUUCAAAUUGUCGUUCAUCACACACGUAUUUACAAUAUAGUGAAUACAAUAUUUUAUUUGAAUACAACUGUAUUAUUCUUACUCGAAAAUUUCUGGUACCAAAAAUUUAAAAUCAUACAUUUUCCAAAUUUUUGGGAUUUUUUUUUUAAGUCGUGCAUUUUGGUGGAGUUCUAGUUUUUUUUUUUAAAAGAAAUUUGGGGGAAGUACUGACUAAUAUUCAGGCAAAUACAGCAAUGUAAAUGUUUAUUUUGGAUAAAAUAUCAAACUUAUUUUGCACCAUCACAAGUUAGUUGAUAUCAGUUGCUACAGUAUUUUAUUUUUUACUAGAGCAUAUGAAGCAAUACGUGUAUUGGAAGAUAACAUAUUUGUGCACAUUCGUGAUGUUUCAUUACAGUUGGAUCUGCUUCUUUGGGAGGAUAGACAUGACUACAUGUGUGUUUGAAAUUGUGGGUCAUGACUGGCUAACCAAAACUGGAGAACAAAGGGAAAUAGAAAACUGUUGCACUCUGAACACCAAAAAAAGAAUAGGGAAUUGAUAACAAUAAAACUUUGAAUAUGCAGAGGUGAAUUACAGUGAUCGACUCUUCACCAGUGUUUAAGUGUAGAUCUGAAAACAUAGGAAUUAAAAAUUUUAAGAAAAAAUUUAUGUUAUUUGUAUUUGGAAUCAUAAGUGUUUUUAACCUGUGAACAAAAAGAUAUAUACUAAAUAAAAUUAAUCAUUUCCACUUUUCUUCAAGUGACAGUCUCAGAAUUGAUUUAAUCUUUUUUAAUAAAAUACCAAACUUUAAAUCACUAAAAAUUGGCACAACAAUCUCUUGCAAGUGAAAGUAUCUCUUUUUUUUGGAACUAUGAAUCAUAUCAUAUGCUAGUUGCAAUAAACUCGUUUAAACCCUUUAAUUCUUUAAUUACGAUUCCAAAUUGCGGGACAUGCGUUCUAUUUAAUGACUAACCAAUUUUAUUUACUGUGGCAUUAAACUGAAUGCUUUAAAAUAAUGUGCAUGAAUUUUCUCUGGCGUGUUCCAGCUGGAUUUGCAUUUGGCUCAUGGCUCUUUUAGUUUUGUAUUUUGAAAGCCUUCAGCUGGAAGGCUUCAACUGUAAUUUGUUUUUAUAUUGCACUGGUCGUCAAAAAGGUAUUUUCAUCACAAACGUUAAAUACAGCGACCUUAAAUGCCUAAACUCAUUUAUAAUUUUUUCUAGCCACUUUUAUAUUAACAUAGCCAAAAGUGACCAAAAUAAUACCAAUAUCCUUAAAUUUAUAUGAUGUAAUAGAAAAAUUACAUGCAUUUAACAAAUCAUUGUUGUACUUUGUUAAUGGAAUAGCUUUUAUAAUAAUAAAUGUUAUUUAUACUAAGAACUUAAUGUGUUUUGCACUCGUAACAGAUCAUUUUGGUUGUAAAUUGUUUUUAGUAAUGCGUAAGCUUCGGAUUUAACAAAAGGCAAAACAAAAAACAGGACAUUACAUUACAGAUCUUGUUGACAAAAUCUGGCCUCGUAAUCAUUUUGUAUAGAAAAAGUGGCAGUCAAUUCAUGCAAGACCUUCAACUUGUAAUCUUGUGUUUCGCUACCCGCGGACCUGAGAACCGAAUCACGUCCAGGGUUGCCAAGUGGGCAAGAUAGCGCAGUCUGUCGGCAGUUCGCCCGAUUCACCCUCGUACAAAGGUUAGGACCAAUACGGAUGUUUCUUCGUUGGAUUGUGUUACGAUGCUCUAAUGCACAACGUUACGUAGCAGUAAUGGAAAUCCUGGCUUUUUGCAACUCGUCUGAUGUUCUCCACUUGGGUUUUUAAGAACCUGUAACUGUGUGUUCUGGUGCGCCUGUGGCUGAGUGGGAGUGGCUGAUGAGAUGAUGUUGCUCUAUAACUGUUGUCCAUGAUGGUGAAAAGACACACCCCUAAUCUUGCUGUAAAGUGUACGUAUUAUGAUUGUAGUGUUACAGUUUUUACAAAAUUACAGCAUUUUCUCGUGCCCACCUUGUGGCACAAUAUUAAGUUUGUUAGCGGUAUGUUGUUAUAAUUUCUUUUGUUAUUUUCUACAUCUGUUUUUAUUCCAAAUGUAAUAUUUGUUGCUAGAUUAAAAAAAAGGGCUUAUGAAUUUGAAUAAGUGGGUCAUUGACUUAGACUUAAAUUCAGCUAAUGUAGCACAAUAUUGUCGUGCAAUGUUUUUUGUAAAUUGUUAUUUAAGGUUUUUUAUGUUGUGUGUUAUUUUACCAGUACAAAGUGAUAAAAGUAAGAUUUUUUUAAAUCUAAUGUUAAAAACUAAAAUCCUAUAAAUGUUUUUAUUCUUUUGUACCUAUUUCAUUGGAAGUGUACUUCUGAUUACUUGUAAUUCAUAAAUUUUAAUUACAUGAUUAUCUUUGUUUGGAAUAAAAUCUUCCAUCUCAGUUCCUGAGUGGAAAAACUGUAACACCAUAUUGAACCUUCCUUUAGCAAGAAGUUACUCGGUACAAACUACUCAGUAUGAAGAGGACGUUCUAGACAAGCCUCUCGCUUGCCUGGAAGCUAUUAGUGCUAUCCUUCAACCUUUAGUCAUUUUUAGUGCUCUCUUUCAGGCAGACAAUAGGACCAAAAAAAGGGGGGUUGUCUGUAAAGUUGGUUUACGGACAAUAAUUUUACUUGGUAACGUAAUAAGAAAACAUUGAUAAAAAUUGCAUACUUUUUAAUUUUCAAACAUUAUUUACAGAUAUUGCAAAUUUAAUUUAAAUAAUUUGUUUAAAUUUAAUCAUGAACAAUUAGCAUGUAAUAUUGACAUUCAUGACAUAGGGCAGUAAGUAAUGCACCGUACCAUUAGAGUACUUGUUAACGUAAAAAACUAUUUUGUUCGAAAAACACAAGUAACGAGGUAAGAGACAAACUCAAAUAUGUACAAACAUUCACAUUCCUUUUAAUAAGUAAAAUUGUCAAAUAGCAUUGGGAUGCAUGCUCAGCAAAUAAUAACAAUAAGGGCCGGUUUUAUGACCUCCGGCUAAAGUUCCGGCUAAAAUUUAACCGCAGGCUAGCUCUUAUUUCGGUUUUAUGACUCCCUGUUAACGUCUACCUGCCAGUUAAAGUCCCGGCUAACCUAGCGGGUGGAUGAACCGGCCGCUAGCUGCUUAACCGGAGGCUAAGUGACAGAAAAUAAAAUGGCGAUGUAUCAGGUGAGGUUAGUUGAUAGUGAUGAUGACUAUUUGAGGAAUUCUAUUGAAUAUUUGCAGGAUGCGAUGGAAUAAUUUAUUACUAAAUAUAAAAUGCUUCGCCGUAUUCGUCAAAGUUUUAUUAAAAAGUACAUGACAUGAAAGUGUAGUCACGCUUUUCUAUUCUCGUCGAGUCAUAUAUUAUUAUUUGACUUUAAUUGAACACGAAGUACAUAAACGUAUGCAAUGUAUAUAAAUUUAAAUGUUCCUGCUUAAGAAUAUGUGUAAAUAAGUGAAUUUUAAAAUUGCAAAACGAGGGUUAUUAUUACCUAUAAAAUGCGUGUUUUCGUGGAAGUUGUAUCUGUGAAUUUUUAUUCGUAAUACAGUGGACAUAAGCCGGGAAUGAAAUGCACUUCAUAUGACUUCAGACGUGGUUAUAAUUCAAUGAAUACAAUUGAAUGUGAAAAUAAAUGUUACCCAAUUAUCCCUUCCCUAUCUUACAAACCUUUAGGUACUUAUUAUCUACCUGCCAUCAAGUGCAAAACAAAAACAGCACUGGAAUUAUUCUGUUUCCCGUAUCCAAGUUUAUCCCUUGAUCCUAUCGGCAUGACCCUUUAUAUGUUGGUCUUGUUUUACAUUAUACUUGCUGUUUUAAUUUAGAAUGUUGAAAAGUCCUGUACAUAACUCAAAAUACCUAACAUAUCACGAUAGAAACAAAUUAUGUCAGGUCUUGUAAAAAUGUAUUUCUUUCGUAUACAUUUUACAAUCAUAAUUAUUUCCCCAGUGAAUAUGUCUAGGAACUCUCGACCUACUAAAUUAAAACAGCAAGCAUCCUAUACCACAAACUAAUUCCAUCAGGAUCGGAUUAAUUUGGAUACGUGAUACAAAACUAUUAGUACAAAAAUGAAACCUACACCAGUGAAAUGAAAAUUGACAAGUAUUUUCCCGAAACAGGGUCUAUAUUAUUUGAUUAUGAAAUAAAUUUAUGAAAGAAAUAAGUGUUCUCUAGCAAAAAUGUCAUCCGUAUUUAUUUGUUUGUAUAGAAUUACAUCGUUAGUUUUGGCUUAAUAAUAACCUAACAAAAUCAUGAGUUUCAAUACAAGAGUAAAGUUGAAAACACACGGUUUUGAAUCGUAAAUUGUAAUUUUAUGGUUUAAUACAAAGCAGGUUUGACGUCGAAGUAGUUUUUGGUAAAUUUAAUUAUAUCUGUUGCAAGAUAAAGUUCGCGGCAUAUUUCUGUACUGCAGCUGUAAACAUUCCGAAUCACUAUAGAAACAAACAGGUGACUAACAUUCUACCAGAAAAAAAACUGUAUUGCAACAAAAGUUACCAAAUUCUGGUUUAUUUCAUUACCAACACACCCAUUAUUACACCACAUGCUUCGUCAGGUUCCGGUUAGCCAACCGCAGGCUAAGUAUGGGUCAUAAUACACCCCUCGUUCGUUAACCGGAGGCUAGCCUAACCAGAGGGCUAGCUAACCUGAAGAUUUAGCCGGAGGUCAUAAUACCGGCCCUAAAUAGAUAGUUUAUCACAAAACCAUGAUAAAUACAAUGAAAUGUCUUUCAUUCGGCUACCGGCUACUGUGUUUCUGCAACUGGGUUUCGGUAGUUUCCGGCCGUGGCCCGUAGUUGCCAAGUUACGUUACUGUGCUGCCGGUGGUUUGAGUUUGAACAGAGUCAGGCUAAAUAACUGCAUGAAUGAAGUGAAAUAUAAAUAAAAGAUUGUAGCAAGGUUCAAACCAUGCUAACUGCUAUUAUUUUUGUAGCAGCAAACCACGGUUUGAUUACCAUCUUUGCCUUGCUGGGUGGAUCUUUAGGUUUCACCAGUUUAUUAGAAAUGAACAAAAACAAGGUGUGAUUCCGUGUGAAAUAUAAUUACUCCAUACUGAGGAAACUUAUAACAGAUACAAGAAAAUAUUUACGUACAAUAUUAAUUACAUUCUUAAACAGCUCUCGGGUAUAUUCAAAAAAAAAUUAUUGGCCGGCCGUACAUGGAAUUAUCAAAAGUUUCAUUUACUAAAAAAUACAUAAACCAAUAAAAAAAUACAAAUAUAUUGAAACUAUCUCAGUAUAUAUACUUAAAGUCCAGAAAUUAUGUUUAUCUAAUUAACUGCAUCUGACGACGUAAUUUAAAGAAAGUUCAGAAAAAUGUCAAAAGAUACAGAAGCACCGGAGGUCGGGGCUUCGUUUCCCGGAGAUCACGCGGGUACAUGAUGCCAGGGCGCUUGUGUCCUGUUGUGGAAGGGAGAUGAAAAUUCCAAUUCGGCGUCCGGCUCUCGGACCCUGUCUGGAACAGUCCGAAUCAAAACUGAUCAGAACUUGAACACAGACAGUAUACGGGGCAGAAAAUGCCCGGAAUAGUUAAGGGGAGGUUGGGGAAAGUCGCGGAUCGUCACUCACCAGACAGGGGAGUUGGCUUCUGUUUACAGAUGCGUCGCCAGCCAGGAACUGGAUCCCGCGAAUUCGGGUCUGGGCACGGUCAUUUUCAUCAUUUCAAAAAAAAUUAAAAGAAAAAUAACUAUUACAUUUUGUACUACGCAGACGGACUAAACUACUUGAAAAAGAUUAUAGAGAUAGCAUCCCUUAUUUAGGCGACUACAUAGUCGGUUACAGCCAGAUGGAAGUCUUGCAGUGUCUCGUCGAUUCGCCGAUAAUCGCGAAAUGGUCCGUCUGCAGUCGCGACGCAAAGU